AUGAAAAGCAAACCCAAUUUGAAUAUAACUGUAAAAGGGGCAAAAUUACUUCAAGAUCUUGAUGAAUAAAGAGGAAAAGGCAAAUAAGAUCCAUUUACUGUAAUUCAAUUAGGAAACUAAAAGUUUAAAACUAAAACAGCUACAAAUUAAGGAAAAUUUCCAAUUUGGAAUGAAACAUUUUAAUUAGUAUAUGAUCCUAAGAAUUCAAACUUAAAUGUUUCUGUAUUUGAUAUAGAUCCACAAAAAAAAAAUUCAGAAGAAUUAAUUGGAGGAGGAAUUCUAAAUUUAUAAAAUGCAGAAACUGCUCCAGAAUGGUUAGUUUAGGUACCAUUAUACAAAAAUUAAAAUGAUAUGGGAUCCCUUGAAUUAUAAUUUGAUUUUGUUGGUAAAUAAAAACCACCUGCAAAGCAAAAUAAAAGUGAAUUAGGAUCAGAAAGAUAAUUAGAUAAAUCAAAUAAUAAUAAUUCUUUCUAAUCAUAAAAAUAAUAAAGGUAGUCAUAAGAUAAUAGUUAUGAUUUUUAGACUGUUAAUGUAGAUGCAUAAUAAACUGAGUUAAAAAAAUGGAUUUAGGAUAUAAAAGAAAGAUAAUAUAUAAAUACUUUGAAAUACUUAGAGGAUUCAAAAUUAUCAGCUGCAAUAGAAAAAGCAUUGAAUGAAGUUGCGGAAAAGAAUCCAGAAAAUUAAAUUGAUUAUUUUGCUGAUUGUUUAUUAAAAUUUAAGUGAUAAUGACAAGCAUCUCAUAUAAUACCAAGAAAUUAAGGCCAUUCAAAACUUAAAGAGAUUAAUUGCUAAAUGAUCUUAAAAAACUAUAACAAGAAUAUGCAGAAGAAGAAAAGCUUAAUGAUUUGUAUUUUGAUGAGAUUGGUAAAGCAGAAAAGGUAUUUCUUCAAUUUUAAAUAGGAAUAUGAUGCCUUAUUAAAAUAACUUGAACAGCAUCAGAAAUAACAUCAGGAUAAAACAGCAGGCUCUGUUUCAUAAGAAACCUAGGGCAUAGAUGCAAAAUUAGAACACGAAGUCACAUAAACGCUAAAAUUAUUUCUUUUAAAUGUUAGCAAAAAAGAAAUAUUAGAAAUGGUCUAGGAAUAAGAAAUAGCAAAAAGAUAAACUUAGUAUUAAAAUCGAAAUUUAACUCUAAAUUUAAAAUAAGAUGAAGAAAUUGCAAAAGCUGAAGAUGAAUAACAGGAUAAUGGAUAUUAUAUUACAUUAAAAAAUUAAUCUAAUGCUGUUUAAGUCAAAGUACCUGGUACAAUUAAGACUUUUAAAGAAUUAAAGUAAAUUGUCAAAUCUUGUUUUAUGGCAGAGGAUAAUGAAAUAUUUUAUACAGAUUAAAUGGGUAAUUUAUUAUAAUUUGACAUGAAUGUAUUAAAUGAAUUAUACCCACCAAUUUAUGAACUUCUCAAAAAUUAUGAACCUAUUGUUGGAGUGCAAAUUAUUAAAUAAAAAAAGUAAAAGGAAGAUAAAAUAAAUACAUCAAUAAACGAUGAAAUUUUAUUUACAGAAGCUUAUCCUGAAGGAUUAACAAAAGGUUAUAGAUAAACUAGAAGAUUAGAAAAUAAAAUCAAUUGGUCCUUGUAUCUAGGGUAUUUAAAUAAAGUGAAAUAUUUUUUUGAAUCUUGUCUUUUUAUACUAUUAUUGUUUUUGUUUAUACUCACAGAAAUCAAUUAAAUCAAAUUUGUUACUAAUACCUAAAUAUUAGCUUCAUUUCAAAAUUCUUAUCCUAUUUAGAGAUCUUAUUCUAAACCAGUAUUUGAUAUAGCAGCACUUAUUAAUCAAACUUUAGGAGAAGUAAAUGAUACACAUAUCUUUUCCAAUUAUCCAUUAAAAUCAGCAUUACUAAUCUAGAAAUUAGUUUAAGAAGAAGAUUUAGAAGAAUGCCAUAUAUUGAAUUAAAAUUAAAAAGACAUUUUUUUAAACAAAAAUUAAAGCUGCCUAAAUUUUGAUUAAUUAUUUAUUGAAGAUUUAGAAGGAGAUUUUCCUUAAAGUUAAUUUGAUCCAUCUAAAUAUGAUAAUUAUUUUGGAGGAUAUGUUUGGUAAUUGAAUCUCACAAAUUAAGAAAGUUUAACUAAUAGUCUUUAAGAAAUGGAAUCAUAAAAUUGGUUAAGGUAUAAUAUUAAAUAAUCUUAAUUCAUUUUAAAUUAUUUUAAUAGCCCAAGUUAAAGGUUGAUAUAAGCGACUAUCUCAACUUUGUAUUUAUUUAAUGAUGUAAAAUAAAGUUUAAAUUUAGGAAUAACUUAAUUAUAAUUCUAUGUAAACAUAAGCCUUUGAUUUAAAUGCUAAAACAGAUUAAGAAAUUCUUGCUCAUAGCAUUAUGUUUUAUGUAGCUAUUCUUUUACUUAUUCCAUCAUUUUUUGGUAUAAGAAUUCAUAAUUAUUUUAAGAUUUUUUUGGAUUUUAUUUUAUAGGUACUGAAAAUAGCUUAAUUCUUAUAUAUUUAUAGUACAUUGAAUUAUUAAACAGAAGAAAAAAAAUGUAAUCUAAAAAAAGAGAUUUGGCACCAUAAGAGGAAAGAGAAUUUCAAUAAAAAAAAUUAAUUGUAAGUGAUUUUUUUAUCUUAAACUUAAAAGUUUUAUAUGUAACAAUAAAAAUCCCAUUAAUAUUCGAUAUAAUUUGUAAGAGUAAUUAUAUAAUUUAGAUAUGUUAAGCAAUGUAAGUAUAUUAAUUAGAAGUACAAUUUCGAAAUCAUAUUAAGAUGAGUUAGAUAAAAUUGAAGUUGGAUCAGAUUUAUAUUAAGAUAUAUCAAUGUUAAUAACCCCACUUUACACAGUUAGAAUUUAUGAUGGAAUUCAAAUGUUGUUCUUAAUGAUAGCUGUUAAUAGAUUUUUAGGAAAUUGGAGUCCUUAUCUUAAAUGUUAUGGAUUAGUUAUUAUAAGGGUAAAAUAGUAUAAAAAUUAUUUAGUUUAAUAAAGAAUCAUGGUUUUUACUUUUGGUGUUAAUAUUUAUUAUUAGUAUUUGUGCAAUGUCUUGGUGCAUCACAAUAUAAGGUAAAUUAGUAACCCAUGAUAAUUUCUUUUAUUCAUUUCUUGGCUUAUUAAGAUGUACUCUUAAGUAUGGAAUGCAUAAUGAUAUAGCAGAAUAGAAUUUAUUUAACAAUUAUGUGAAGGAUAUUAGUUAUUCAUUUGAUACAAGAUAUGUAUUUAUUUUUAUAAAUUAGAUAUAAUAUGUAAUUGUAAUGGUACUAACUAUGAUUAUGGUUCCUAUAUUUAUUUCUUUAAUGACACAAUAAGUACAUAAUACAAAAGAAGAAGCUAAAUAAAAGAUGAUGGAUUUUAAUAAAUGA